AUGGCGGCUCGUGCCGUGGUGCUGCUGGCGGCUGCGCUCGGCCUCUCGCCGGUGCCCGCGCGGGCGGACUCGCCGGUGGCCAAGGUGCUGCAGCUCCUGAGCAGCCUCGAGACCAAAGUCAUCAAGGAGGGAGAGGAUUCCAAGGCUACGUUCGAGAAGUUUGCUGAGUGGUGCGAGGAGCGGUCGAAGAACUUGGCGUACGAGAUCAAAACCGGAGAGGGGGAGUCUAAGGCGCUGCUCUCGUCGGUCGCGCUGUCGACCUUCCUCGCGCCGAGCGAGUCUCAUCUGGCGAGGCGCGGGCUCGCGGCCAACCAAUUCUACGCGGACGCGGUGGCAGAGAUUGACAAGCGCAAAGAGGCGGGAGAAGACGUGGAUCUUUCGAGUCCAGGGCCGCCUUUCAUCGCUGCGUUCUCCAUACCGGCGCCGCGCCGUGACUGCGCGGGGAUCGGGGCAGGCAGCAAGAAGACGCAGGGGAAUGCGAAGGCGGCCCUCGCGCUGCGGCCGCCUCCAGAGGCGGCGAAGUCGUUGAUGGACUCGGCGUUGGCCGAGUGCAAAGCAGCGCAGCUUGCAGGGGCGCCGCCGAGGGGGCCUCUCGAGCGGCAGAUCGCAGCUGCGCUCGAGCUCGCAUGCACGUGCCAGAAGUUUUUGCCAAGAGUGUCAGAUUUCGAGAACUGCGCUCGCUUGUUUGAUCUCAGUCAGGCGAUUCGCUCGGAGAUGCCGACGCACUUCAGCAGGCAGCGCCGCGUGGUCUUGGCCAUCGGCAUUCCAGAGCACUACCUGCUCGACGCUGACAUUCCUUUCAACGUCGACGCGGGCCCUGUGGAGAUGCCGCAGGCCAGGCUCAGCGACCACUCGAUCGUGCACCACGCGCUGAAGGGCGCGGUGCCAUUUAGCGCCGGUGACCGGCACAUCCCAGAUGCGGCGUUGACCGACGUAAGGAACCAGGACGCACUCCGCGGUCAUGCGGAAGAGCCCCUCCGUGACUCGGGCUUCGCGCCCCUGCCAGAGGUCGGCGAGGAUCUCAUGGCUCUUUGGCGGGCCGGCGCUUGA